AUGAAUAAAGUACGACCAUUAAACGCUAAUCAAAUACCUAAUGAAUUACUUAAUGAUAAAGAACUUAAUUUAUUAAUAAAGCAAUUACCAGAAAAUUAUAAUUUUGAAAUACAUAAAACAAUAUGGAGAAUUAAAACAAUUAAAGCUAAACGAGUCGCAAUGCAAAUGCCUGAAGGUUUAUUUAUAUUUGCUUGUACUAUUGCUGACAUACUUAGAGCUUACACAAAUGUUGACAUUGUUAUUAUGGGUGACGUCGCUUAUGGUGCAUGCUGCAUUGAUGAUCAUGGUGCUCGAGCAUUGAAUUGCGAUUUAUUGAUACAUUAUGGACAUAGUUGUCUCGUUCCUAUUGAUGAAACACCUGGUAUAAGUAUUCUUUAUAUAUUUGUUGAUAUUCAAGUUAAUGUUCAACAUAUAGUCGAUACGUUAAAACAUCAUUUUACAUCUGAUAGUAAACUAGCACUUGUCAGUACAAUACAAUUUGUUCGAACAUUACAAAUUAUAAAAGAACAAUUAAAAGAUCAUAUUGCUGAUGUUAUUAUGCCACAAACCAAACCCUUAUCACCUGGUGAAAUUCUUGGUUGUACAUCGCCAAUUAUCCCUGAAUCUUAUUCAAUUUUAUAUAUUGGUGAUGGACGAUUUCAUAUUGAAUCAAUUAUGAUUCAUAAUCCAGACGCACCAGCGUACAAAUAUGAUCCAUAUUCAAAAGAAUUUACUCGAGAAUAUUAUGAUACACAAUCAAUGCAUACUAUACGUCAAAAUGAGAUUAAUAAGGCUGCAAAUGGUCAAGUUUGGGGUUUAGUUUUAGGUUCACUCGGACGACAAGGUUCACCAAAAGUUUUACAAACAAUUAAACAACGUUUAAAAGCAAAUGGAAAAAAAUUUAUUCAAGUUGUUAUGCCUGAAUUAAUGCCUGACAAAUUAAAAUUAUUUAAAAAUGUUGAUGUUUGGAUUCAAACAUCAUGUCCACGUUUAUCUAUUGAUUGGGGUGCUGGUUUUCAAACACCAAUACUAACACCAUAUGAGGCCAUGGUAGCUCUUCGUCAGAUUGAAUGGCAAAGUCGUUAUCCAAUGGAUUUCUAUUCUCAAAAUAGUCUUGGACCAUGGACACCGAAUAAUCUUGAACAUCGUCCAAUAAAACAAACACGAAGAAAAAUUGAUGUAGCAUCAAAGAUACAAACAUUUACACCAACACUUUUUACAAUGUCAAAUCAACAACCAACAGCUGAAAAAAGUGUUCAAACACAAGAUUCACCUGGAUCAGCAACAGUAUAUAUAACAAAUAAUCCUGAAAAUACUGCUACUGAAGUAGCUAAUACACUUGUAUCAAUGGCUACUGGACGACAAAGAGGAACAACAACAGUUAAACCAUUGAAUGUAAUUAGUGUAUCAAAUCAAUCACCAUCAUCAUCAUCAUCAUCGUUAUUACCAGUAUUAUCACUUGCUGAUUUUACAACAUCUCAUGGUGUUCCAACAGCAACAGCAUUAGCUCAUCAAGUUAAAUUACGACCUAGAAAACAAGAAAAUAUCUUAGAAAGUACUAAUGACGAUGAUGAUGAUAAUAUAUCAAUGUCAACAGAUGAAUAUAAUCAAAUAUCAAAUGAUUCAAAUUCAACAACAAAAAAUCGACGAGAACAAACAAAUAAACCACUAUCAACAUCUAAAAAUAAAAAAAAUCAGCCUACUGAACCAAUUCAAUAUGGUCCAAUUUUAGUUAAACCAAGAAAACAUAUUGCACCAACACUUGCUAAUGGUCGAAAAAGUAAAGAUGAAGUCCUUCCACCUGAAGAAGAUUUAAAACGUAAGCAACGCCGUGAUAGAAAUAAACAAGCAGCAGCUAAAUGUCGUAAAAAGCGAAAUGAACUUCGUGAACGUUUAGAAAAAACUGAACAAAUAUUAGUUGAACAAGAACAAAAUCUACAACGUUCAGUUCAAAAUUUAACUGAACGUAAACAUCAAUUAGAAAUUUUAUUACAUCGUCAUGCAUGUUUAAAAAAUUCACAUAUAUCAAUGACACAAACAACUUCAAAUAAUCUUAAUUUAUCAAAAACAGAUGUUAAAAUAAUUCCAACAACAGAUUCAAAUAAUAGUAAACGUGUUACAAUUAAUUUAACAAAUGCACAAGAUUUAUUUACAAAUACAUCAUUAACACGUCUUACAACAACAACUGAUCCAUCAUCAUCGGGAACAGUACCAAUGAUAACAAUACAUAUUUUACCAGAAGUAGCACAAGCAUUACUUGGUUCAACUUCAAUUGAUAAAAAUAAAUUAGCUGAUUUAUUACAACAAGCAAAUACACAUAACACAUUUUUAACAACAACUAAUAAUUAUGUUACAUCAGAUUCAAUAUCCACAAAUACGUCAAUGAAUACAAGUUGA